UGAGAGGUAAAAGAUCAGGAGGGGCGGCAGGAAGAUGGCUGUGCUUGCGGAGGUUGCCGGGCGGGAGAUGCGGACUCAGUGAAGGGAUGGCGGCGUUGACGACGAGACGGGCGGCGCGCUGUGGUUGAGGCACCCCCCCGGCCCGCUCCGCACGGCGGCUCUCGCGGCACUGCCCCGCUCGCUCCUGUCGGUUGGCGGCAGCGGCGGCGUCGCCGCCCCGCACCGCGCGCGCCCUCCAUGAGCGGGGCGGGCGGGCUGGCGUGGCGCGCGCUGCACGCCUUGCUGCGUGCCCUGCUCUUCGUGCAGCGCGUGCUGCUCGCCUGCCUGCGCGGCCGCGGCGUCCCCGGGCCCCACGCCUGGCUCUGGCGCCGCGCCGCCUCCGCCGCCGCCUCUUGCGCCCUCCUGGCGCCCGCUGCCGGGGCUUUCGCCUUCCGCACGGUGGGAGUGGCGCGGCGGCGGCGGCCCGGGGCCGCGGCGCAAGUACGGCAGCGGUGGCGCUUGGACGGGCGGACCCUGCAGAAGCUGCCGGUGCACAUGGGGCUGGUGGUGACCGAUGAGGAGCCGAGCUACGCGGACAUGGCCAGUCUGGUGGUGUGGUGCAUGGCAGUGGGCAUCUCUUAUGUCAGCGUCUACGACCAUAAUGGUAUUUUCAAGAGGAAUAACUCAAGAUUGAUGGAUGAAAUUUUAAAGCAGCAGCAAGAACUCUUAGGACUGGAUUGCUCCAAGUACAAUGUGGAGUUUGCAAAUCGAGACAAAGCUGAUGAAGUUUUAAAUUGCCAAUCUACAUUGAAGGUGCUGUCUCCAGAAGAUGGGAAAGCAGACAUAGUAAAAGCUGCUCAGAACUUUUGUCAGUUAGUAGCACAGCAGCAAAGAAGAUACACAGACCUGGAUGUGAAUGUGUUAGACAGCUUAUUAAGUAGUACCAAUGGAUUUCCUGAUCCUGAUUUAGUCUUGAAGUUUGGUCCUGUGGACAGCACAUUAGGAUUCCUUCCAUGGCACAUCAGACUGACAGAGAUCAUUUCUUUGCCUUCCCACCUGAACGUCAGCUACGAAGACUUUUUCUCUGCCCUCCAUCACUAUGCAGCCUGUGAGCAACGCUGGGGAAAGUGACUUCUGGCUGAGCACAUGGAGUCAGGUUUUCUGUGGGAAGGAAUUGAUGUCUGUUUACAAGCACCUGUGACCCAUAAGUCUGGUUCAUAGUUCUUUCUUAAUUUAUCAACAAAUUCAAUAAAGUGUCUUACCUUUCUAGAGAGUCUGUGUGAAUGAGUGAGAAUCUAUGGGGAGGGGGGAAAUCACAGAUUGCUUUCAUGAAACAGACAGUUAUUGCAAGCAAAGCUCUUCAAAGCUGAAUUACCCUCACUUGUGUGUCCAGGUGAACAAAACAUGCAAGAAUUAAUCCUUAUGAAACCUCCAGGACAACACAAAUAGGAGCUCCAUGCCCUGAAGGUCCUUAAGUCCAAGGAAUAACUCAUGCUGGUUUGUUUCUUAAUUGUUUGUGGUCCAGGCAUUUCAGAGCUAUAUUCAGAUGUUUACUAUAUAAUGUGAAUUCCAGAGGGGUCAGUUCUGCUAACUGAGAAUAGUGACUGCUACUGUAAUGAUGAAGCCAGCAGU